CUUUUAGCCUUUUAACCAAGAAGUAACCAAAAGUCAUAAAAAUAAAAAAUAAAAAUCAUGUCUAUUAUUUACCUUUUUCUUCUUCUUUUAAAAUUCAAUUCCUUAUCUUCUCAUGCUGCUGCUGCUUCUGUGUUUGACACUUUUGUCGAUUGUCUCACAAAAAACUCAAUUCCUCAAUCAGAAAUCUCGAAAAUCGUGUACACCCCAAACAACCUUUCGUUUAACUCCAUUUUACAAGCCUAUAUCAGAAACGGCCGGUUUUUCAACUCCUCCACUACUUCCAAACCGGUUAUCAUCGUCACUCCGACGGUGGAAUCUCAGGUCGCCGGAGUUGUUGUUUGUACCAAACAGUUAAAUUUACAGCUGAAAAUCCGUAGCGGCGGGCAUGAUUAUGAAGGCAUUUCGUAUAUCUCCGAUGUUCCUUUUAUUAUGCUUGAUAUGUUUAAUUUACGAUCGAUUUCCAUCGAUACGAAUGGUAAAACUGCUUGGGUACAAGCAGGUGCUAUUUUAGGUGAAGUUUAUUAUAAUAUUUGGAGGAAAAGUCCAGUUUUAGGUUAUCCUGCCGGGGUUUGUCCGACGGUGGGUGUGGGUGGGCAUGUUAGUGGUGGUGGUUAUGGGAAUAUGCUUCGUAAGUUUGGACUUACGGUUGAUAAUUUAUUGGAUGCUCGAUUGGUUGAUGUUAAUGGUAGAAUUUUGGAUCGUAAAGCCAUGGGUGAAGAUUUAUUCUGGGCGAUUAAAGGCGGUGGUGGUGCUAGUUUUGGUGUUAUUCUGGCCUUUCAAAUUCAACUCGUUACAUUACCACAAACCGUAACUUAUUUCAGAGUUGAAAGGUUUAUACAAGAUACUACUACCACUGAUGCUGUUGUUCAAUGGCAGAAUGUUGCUAGUAAAAUCGAUAAUGAUCUGUAUAUAAGGCUACUCAUACAACCAAUUACUGUGAAAAGCAAGUCCAAGGGUGCAAAGAGUAGUAAAUCGAUACGAGCAACGUUCGUCGCGUUGUUCUUGGGUGAUUCUACUAGAUUAAUGUCUCUAAUAAGCAAACAAUUCCCUCUUUUGGGAUUGAAAAAACAAGAUUGUGUGGAAAUGAGUUGGAUUGAUUCCGUACUACAAUGGGCAAAUUUCGACAACACGACAAAACCAGAAGCGUUGUUGAACCGAAAAGGGGAUCCAUUAACUCACUUGAAAAGAAAAUCUGAUUACGUACAAACCCCAAUUCCUAAGAAGGAGUUGGAGUCCAUUUUCGCUAAAAUGAUUUCUUUAGGAAAAGCAGGAAUGGUGUUCAAUCCAUAUGGGGGAAGAAUGGGUGAAAUUGCAGAAGGAGAAACACCAUUUCCUCACAGAGCAGGUAUACUUUUCAAGAUUCAGUAUUCAAUGAAUUGGCAUGAAGAAGGAUUAACAGCUGAAAAAGAGUACUUAUCACAAAUAAGAGAUUUGUACAGUUUCAUGACCCCAUAUGUUUCAAAGAAUCCAAGACAAGCUUAUUUGAAUUACAGGGAUCUUGAUAUUGGUAUAAAUGAUCAAGUUUCACAACAUAGUUUAGAAAAAGGAAGAGUCUAUGGGACCAAGUAUUUCAAUAAAAAUUUUGAUAGGUUGGUUAAGGUGAAAACAAUGGUGGAUCCACAAAAUUUCUUCAGAAAUGAGCAGAGUAUUCCUACUCAAACGAAACAGAGGAAGAUUAUGUGAUCUCAGUAUUUACUUAAAUCAAAUAUUUUGCUCUAAAUAUUUUCGUUUUUACUUUAUUAGUUUAUGUGUUUUA